GACAAAAUUUCGAAUUUGACUACUGCUUCAAUACAUAUUCGUAAUCUUCACAAGUGCCUUUUGAUUUACGUUGUGGGCGUCGAGUAGCCACAACGUCUGCGCACAUCAAUAAGAGCGAAGAAAUACAUAGAAUAUAUGUGUACAGCAGUUUAGUCAGACAACGCACGCAACAAAAUUGGUGAGCCCGACAACCAAUUUCGACAGCGACGACAAAUUGGUAUCCUUGACGAUAACUGGUUCACCCCGACGACGAAUUGUUGACCCCAACGACAAAUUUCGACCCCGACGACAAAUUGUCCAUCGCAACGACAACUUUUUCACCUCGACGAUAACUUGUUCACUGCGACGAUAACUUGUUGACUCCAACGACGUUUUGUUCACCCGGACGCAUCAUUACACUUGCUGGAUUAAUUAAACUCUAACUUUAUCGGAUAUAUAUACAUAUAAUAGACAUUUCGAGCUGAUUCUUGUGCUUUCUCAUCGCACAACUUGCAGUAAUCUGUGGUAAGCACCGCAUUGCAUGUUUUUCUGUUUUACCAUAUUCUUGGUGUGCAUAAUUUUUGCUAUUUUGUUACUGUUAAACCAUUUUUCUACGAAUUGUAUCAUGUCUUCCGAUACCCCUGAUACCUUACAGCUGGGAUCUGUUGGUACCAUUUCUCUUACUGUACCAGUUUUUAGGCCCAAAGACUCCCAUCUUUGGUUUGCACGACUGGAAAAUUAUUUCACUGCCAAUAAGCUUACGUCACAGACGGUUAAAUUUGGCAUAUUGAGUACAGUACUACCAGACGAAAUCGCCGAACAGGUUCGACAACACAUAGUUCAGCCCAGCACAGACGCUCCUUACGACAAGUUGAAAGAAGAAGUACUUCGAUGCACUUCACUUUCUGAUAGGCAAGCACUCGAUCGUUUGUUAAGCAACGUAGAGCUAGGCGAUAAAACCCCAUCACAACUCAUGAGGCACAUGCAAAGCCUAGUAGCAGGAAGGGAUAUCGACAAAAGUCUCUUUUACCAAAUUUGGUUGCGACGACUUCCUGCAAACAUUCAACAAGUUCUUGCUUACGGAGAUGACGACAUUGACAUUGAGAAGCUUGCCAAAAUCGCAGAUCGCAUGUAUGAGAGGUCAACACCUCAAUCUGUUGCUUCCACCAGCAGAAUGCCAGACACUGACGACAGGAUACAGGCUCUAGAACACAAAGUCGACACCGUACUGAGUCAGUUAGCAGCACUGACCACACGCACACGACCAAGCCGUUCUAGAAGCUCGUCUCGUCGACGUCUUUCUCGAUCACCCAGCACGUCACGACAUCACGAUACUAUUUGCUGGUACCACCGUAGUUACGGAGACAAUGCACGACGGUGUCGUUCACCUUGCAACUUUCAGGCUAAACCAAAAGAUAUAUCGUCAUGUAUGAAAACUUCUACUGUUGGCAAUCUACGAUCUAGCAGUCGUUUGUUUUAUGUAACAGAUAGAAAUACCGGUACUACGUUCUUAGUCGACACAGGAGCAGAGGUUAGUGUUCUCCCUCCGACUACGCAGGAACGUCAACAUCCUGACCCUGCAGUUACGCUCCAAGCCGUUAAUAAGUCUAAUAUUGUUACAUAUGGUAGUAAACGAAUGACUUUAGAUUUUGGUCUGCAGAAUACCUACGAUUGGUCUUUCAUCAUCGCAGACGUUCCAUCCCCAAUCCUUGGUAUAGAUUUUCUACAGCAACACAAACUGCUAGUUGAUCCGGUAAGCCCUAAGCUUAUAGACUCGCUCAAUAAAAGGUACAUCGCUGGUACGAUUAGCCGUGCAUCAUCGCUGAACUUGAUGGUCACACGCACACCAGCAUCUCCAUAUACUGACUUAGUAAAUCAGUUCCCUGACCUUCUACAACCCUCUUUCCGAGCAACAGAACUAAAGCAUCAAGUGGUUCAUCACAUUAAAACCACUGGACCACCAGUUUUUGCACGUCCUCGACGCCUUGACCCACAUCGACUUAAAAUCGCAAAAACAGAGUUCGAUAAAAUGUUAGAGCUCGGCAUUAUUCGACCAUCCAACAGCUCUUGGUCUUCACCGCUGCACAUGGUACCCAAAAAGUCUUCUGGUGAGAUACGGCCAUGCGGGGAUUAUCGAGCUUUAAACAAGCAAACGGUACCUGAUCGAUACCCCAUACCGCAUAUUCACGAUUUCGCCAGCAACUUGCCAGAGGUUAAAAUUUUCUCCAAAAUCGACCUUGUCAGAGCGUACCAUCAUAUUCCCAUCCACCCGGAUGACGUUCCAAAAACCGCUAUCACCACGCCAUUCGGCUUAUACGAAUUCGUGCGCAUGCCUUUCGGGCUGAUGAACGCCGCUCAGACAUUUCAACGUCUCAUCGACCAAGUACUCCGCGGCCUGCCCUUCGUCUACGCAUACAUUGACGACUUACUAAUUGCAAGUGCAGACGAAACCGAGCAUGUGAAACAUGUGAGGACGGUGUUUGAAAGACUUCACAAAUACGGCAUGACUAUCAAUUUAGAUAAAUGCGAAUUUGGUAAGAAAUCACUGAAAUUCCUCGGUCACUUGAUUGACAAUCAAGGAAUUAGACCAGUCCCCGACGAUGUACAAGCCAUCAAAGACUAUCCAUUACCAGAUUCUUUCAAGAAACUACGGCGAUUUUUGGGUCUAGUCAAUUUUUACCGGCGUUUUAUCCCGAACUGUGCUAGAGUUUUGCAACCGUUGACCGACUGCUUACGUGGACAUAGUCGUUCAUUCCAUUUGCCUGCAGAAGCUGUUAAAGCAUUCGAAGCUGUUAAACAAUCACUAAAUGACAAGACGCUCUUAGUCAGACGCCAGAAUGACGCCCCCUGUCUCUCAUGACAGAUGCUUCAGAUGUCGCCAUUGGGGCAGUGUUACAACAGCAGGUACAUGGCGAAUGGCAACCCCUUGCAUUCUUUUCGAAACGACUGAAUCCUACUCAAUGUCGAUAUAGCACCUUUGGUAGAGAGUUAUUAGCUGUUUAUUUAGCAAUCAAGCACUUUCGACAUAUGCUGGAAGGUACACCUUUUACUGUCUUUACAGACCACAAGGCUCUAACGAAAGCCUUAUCAGCAAAACAGGAUAACUACUCUCCACGUGAACUACGACAUCUCGAGUUUAUAUCCCAGUUCACCUCCGAUCUGCGACACAUAAAGGGUAAAAACAAUGAAGUGGCAGACGCUUUAUCACGUAUGCACAUUGAUAACAUUGUAUGCCCAGACAUCGACUACGAACAUCUCUCAAACUUACAACGAGAUGACGCCGAACUCAAAAAGAUCAUGUCUUCUAAAACAACAUCUUUAAACCUCGAGGCAAUUCCUUUCGGCACGACAAAAGUUAUCUGCGACACCUCUACAGGUAAAUAUCGACCUUUCGUUCCAAUAGCUAUGAGACAUACAGUAUUCGAGAAGUUACAUAACUUGUCGCAUCCUGGUGUUAGCGCUACUACCAAGCUACUAAGAGAAAGAUUUAUCUGGCCAAACAUUAACAGCGACGUUAAGAAGUGGACACGAAAUUGCUUGUCUUGUCAAAGAGUCAAAAUCAACCGGCACACCAAAGCACCACUUGGUCGCUUCCCUAACCCCGACUCUAGAUUUGACCAUGUACAUGUAGACAUAGUUGGUCCACUGCCUCCUUCCAAUGGUUUUAACUAUAUUCUAACCUGCAUUGACAGAUUUACUCGUUGGCCAGUAGCAGUUCCAUUAAUCGACGUCUCAGCUGAAACGGUAGCUAAAGCUUUAGUCGAAAACUGGAUAGCCAACUUUGGUGUCCCAUCAAUUAUCACUACAGACAGAGGUGCCCAGUUUGAAAGCCGACUUUUUGACCAACUAACUGAAUUACUAGGCAUUAAACGAAUACGAACGACAGCGUAUCAUCCUAGUUCCAACGGUAUGGUCGAACGAUUUCAUCGACAACUCAAAGCUGCGCUCGCUGCUUCUUUGACUCGAAACGAUUGGUCAACCAAACUUCCACUAGUAUUACUUGGUAUACGAGCUACUAUAAAGAAAGAUAUUGGCUGCUGUGUUUCCGAACUAGUCUACGGAACAACAUUACGAUUACCAGGAGAAUUUUUCACCCCGGGUAACAAGUUCCACACGAUAUGACUGGUUACGUGCAUCAGCUAAAACGACACAUGAACGAGCUAAAGAUAUCAAUUCCACGUCAGCAGGAACGAGCGUCAUACAUCCCGUCACAACUGACAGAUUGUACUCACGUCUUCGUCAGGAGAGAAGGUGUACAACGACCACUUCAACCCGCUUAUGAUGGCCCAUUCAAAGUUCUAAACAGAAACGCGAAAGUUAUCACGAUAGAAAGAUUGAAUAAAACAGAAGCCAUCAGUAUCGACAGAGUCAAACCAGCGUUCCUCGACGAUUUCGAAGUCAACGAUAAGAACCAGCUGAACGACGUGCCAACACCUACAUCCACACAAGCUUCAACGUCGACAGAGAAGCCUGCGAAAACAACACGAUCUGGUAGACGAGUCCAUUGGCCUAAACGUUACGUGCAAGUCAUCGAAAUAUAACUUACUACGAAUUUUCAUUUUUAUUAUCUUUAUUCGUAAUUGUCAUUUGAUUACUCAUUUAACUGAUUAAUAUUUUCAUACAUAAAUCACGUCACUAUUAUUUUAACAUCGAUAUUUCCUAUAUUAUUAUAUUUAAUCACAUCUCGUAUAUUAUUCACGUAUCGUUUUCGUCUACCGACUACAGAUCCCCGGACAAUUUUAUCGUUCCUUAUAUAUUCUAUUACGAUUAGUAAUUCCACUUUCCCUAGAUUAUCGCAUUUAUUAUCGACGUUAUUAACCGCAUUAAACUGCUCAUUUUUCAGCUUAAUAAAUCGCCUUCUGUGUACUAUCGCUGCUACGUAUUACGCUGACGCAUGUUAUUUUCGAACACUUAAAUGUAUUUUUUUUAUAUUUUAGUGUUCUGGUGGGGGAAUUAUGUAGUACCCCUAUACCAACCGUAAACAUGCUUUUUAAUCUAAUUUGUAUACUUGCAUUAUAUGUGUAUACAGACCGAUUUUAUAUAUACUUCGCAAAUACUUGUCCAUUCACUGUUGAAUAUUACCUUGACACAAUUUCGAAUUUGACUACUGCUUCAAUACAUAUUCGUAAUCUUC